GUGGCUGAAAACGUGACGGCAGCAGCAGCCGGAGAGACGGAGACCGAUAGGACCAGAGCACGAAGCUCCCUGAUACGGAGCUCUUUUCGGUGUUUAUAAUAAUAUUUGCUGUUACAAAAGGAAACUAAACAAACAUGUCUACCUCCAGAACAGUUAUAUGUUUGCUGAGAAACGACCUGCGUCUCCACGACAACGAGCUUUUCCACUGGGCUCAGAGAAAUGCUGAGUACAUAGUCCCACUGUACUGCUUCGACCCCAGACAUUAUGUGGGAACUUACAACUACAACCUGCCAAAGACGGGGCCUUUCCGUCUGCGCUUCUUACUGGAGAGUAUCAGAGACCUCAGGAACACACUCCUCAACAAGGGCAGCAAUCUCGUGGUGAGACGGGGUAAACCAGAGGAGGUAGUCGCUGACCUCAUCAAGCAACUGGGCUCUGUCAGCAGUGUGGCCUUCCACGAAGAGGUUACUUCAGAAGAGCUGAAUGUGGAGAAAAAGGUGAAGGAAGUCUGUGCAAAGAUGAAGGUCAGAGUUCACACCUGCUGGGGCUCCACACUGUACCACAGAGAUGAUCUUCCCUUCAACCACAUGUCUAGGCUGCCUGAUGUGUACACUCAGUUCAGAAAGGCAGUGGAGGCCCAGAGCAGGGUGAGGCCUGUGUUCCCGAGUCCCGACAAGCUGAAUCCACUUCCCUCAGGGCUGGAGGAAGGAGCCAUCCCUUCAGCAGAGGACCUGCAACAAACAGAGGCUGUGAAUGAUCCUCGCUCAGCCUUUCCCUGCAGUGGUGGAGAAAGUCAUGCUCUGGCCAGACUCAAACACUAUUUCUGGGACACUGAUGCAGUUGCGACGUACAAAGAGACUCGUAACGGCUUGAUAGGGGUGGAUUAUUCCACUAAAUUUGCACCUUGGCUGGCGAUGGGUUGCAUUUCACCCAGGUAUAUUUAUGAUCAGAUCAAGCAGUAUGAGAGCAAGCGGACAGCCAAUCAGAGCACAUACUGGGUCAUUUUUGAACUUUUGUGGAGAGACUACUUCAAGUUUGUGGCUGUUAAGUAUGGAAACAGAAUGUUUCAGCUCAAAGGGCUUCAAGACAAAUCUGUGCCAUGGAAAAAGGACAUGAAGCUGUUCAAUGCAUGGAAAGAGGGACGGACAGGAGUGCCUUUUGUUGAUGCCAACAUGAGAGAGCUGGCGAUGACGGGCUUCAUGUCCAACAGGGGGCGACAAAAUGUUGCUAGCUUCCUCACAAAAGAUCUGGGCCUUGACUGGAGGAUGGGAGCGGAGUGGUUUGAAUACCUUCUGGUUGACCAUGAUGUCUGCAGCAACUACGGCAACUGGCUAUACAGCGCCGGUAUCGGCAACGACCCCAGAGAAAACAGGAAGUUCAACAUGAUCAAACAAGGCCUCGACUACGACGGCAACGGUGACUAUGUGCGGCAGUGGGUUCCAGAGCUGCAGGCUGUCAGAGGAGGUGAUGUCCACACUCCCUGGACCCUCAGCACUGCUGCGCUGUCACAUGCUCAGGUGUCUCUGGGUGACACCUACCCCACACCCAUCGUCAUCGCGCCCGAGUGGAGCAGACACGCUAACAAGAAACCGACUGGCAUGGGGCCUUCACCAAGAGGAAAGAAAGGCCCGUCUCACACUCCCAAACAGCAUCGGGACAGAGGCAUCGACUUUUAUUUCUCCAAAAGCAAAAACCUGUAAUAAUUCUUAAAGCAAACACUAAACAAACGCACAAAUGGACGCUUCAGAAAUUUAAAGUUAAGCUUGUCCUUUAAAAUAUCUGUUGUACACUGAUAUGGUGGUGGGAAGUUGUCUGAUGAGGAUUUGAGGAAAUGCUUGUUCCUAUUCUUGAAUACUUAAACUGCUUAUAUACAGUUUAUCAGUUCAGUACAAAAAGCUUUUCACUGACUGCUACAUUUCCUGUCAAGCAGCAGGAACAGUGAAAGCUGCAAUGUGGUUUUCCAUUUGACACAACAGACUUGUUAUAAUGGCCUGUUUUUGACUGUGUCUGACUGUUUUUUUUUUUUUGGUUUUUUUUUGCAGUUUUCUUCUGCUCUGUUGUUUUUACUUGGUAUUAAAGUUCAAAUUUGUUUGUGACAGUUACAAAAAAAAUACUGAAUAGAAGCUUUUGUUGACGUUGUUAUGAGAGUUUAGACUGCUUCCAACAUCAAUAAUACAAUUACUGUUCUAGGUUUCUAACAAUAAAUAGCACUAGCUGGUCUUUUUUAACCACAAAAAAGGUCAUUAGGAUUAAUAUUCUUUUUUACAAGAGCGUCAUGGACAAGUUGCUGUAAUAGGUUACAGACAUUAAACAGUUUAAAUGGG